AUGGUUUCCGCUCACCCCUACACACCGCGUCGCAUCAGCAAUGACUUUUUCGGUAUCGACGUCGGCCUUCGAGGCAACGCUCUCCUUGCUGUCAUCACUGCCUCGUGCGCCAGUGGUUUCUUGCUCGUUGGUUAUGACAACGGUGUUAUGGGUGGUCUCGUGAACGGCGAAGAGUUCAAGAGGACCUUCAACACCAACGACGCCAACACGCUCGGUAACAUUGUCUCGCUUUACGAAAUCGGCUGCUUCUUUGGUGCCCUUGCCACCUUCGUCGUCGGUGAUUAUCUCGGCCGUCGCCGCACCAUCCUCAUCUCCAGCAUCUUCAUGGUCGCCGGUGCUAUCAUCCAGGCCGCUUGCAACGACGUUGGCGUCAUGAUCGCCGGCCGUAUCAUUUCGGGCCUCGGUAUGGGCGCAAUCAACUCGACUGUCCCCGUUCUUCAGGCCGAAACGGCGCCAGCAACCUCCCGUGGAAAAUUGGCCGCCGUUUCGUUGACGAUCCUAAACGUAGGCAUCGUUUUAAGCUAUUGGAUCGACUACGCUUUCGCAGUCACCUUGACCGGCAAUGUCAUCUGGAGGGUUCCUAUUGCUCUUCAGUGCGUUUUCAUCGGCGGCCUCGUCCUCGCCACCCUCAUCAUCCCCGAGACUCCCCGUUGGCUCGCCAAGAAGGGCCGUCACGAGGAGGCAAUUGCCGUCCUUGAGCGUCUUCACAACGCCUCGAUCGACUCGCCCGAAGUCCAGCAGUCCUACGCCGGUAUCCAGCAGGCCCUCGAGCACGAGCGCGCCGCCUCCAACACCGGCUGGUCCUUCCUUGUAAAGGAGGAUUCCAUUCGCUCCCGCCGCCGAUUGCUUCUCGCCUGCUUCAUCCAGGCAGCCCAGCAGCUGUCCGGUAUUAACGCGCUUAUCUACUAUUCCGGCACGCUGUUUGCCAAGUCGGUCCGCCUCUCCGAUGCUCAGUCCGCUGUCAUGGCCGGUGGUCUCAACAUGUGCCUCAUCCUCGGUUCGACCAUCUCUUACUUCCUGAUUGACCGCGUCGGCCGCAAGGCGCUGCUCAUUCCAUGCAUUGCUGGUAUGUCUGCCGUCAUGUGUGUCCAGACCGGCCUUGUCAAGGUCAUCCAGGAGGGUACCGGUGGUGCCAUCUACGGUCGCGCUGCUGCCGCCAUGCUCUUCGUCUUCGAGUUCUUCUUCUCGCUCGGUUUCCAGGCCACCGUCUGGCUUAUCCCCUCCGAGGUUCUUCCCUUGCUCAUCCGAACCAAGGGUUCCGCGCUCUCGACCGCCUCCAACUGGAUCUUCAACUUUGCCAUUGUCAAGUUCACGCCUUCGGCGCUCGACAACAUCGGCUGGAAGACCUACAUCAUCUUUGCUGUCCUCAACGCUGCUUGGGUUCCCAUCAUCUACUUCUUCCUUCCCGAGACUGCCAACCGCACGCUCGAGGAGAUGGACGAGAUCUUUGCCAAGGACAACUGGCAGAUCGACCAGUCGCACGCUGCCGCCGACACCAAGGCCGCCGCUCACCGCAACACCGACAUGGAGUACGCCGACGACACCGGCUCCAACAAGGGCUCCUACAAGAACGAGCAGACCGUCACCUCGACCCUUGACCGUUAA